GUGAAAGAUUGUUGUUGGAGAUGGCAUCGAAACCAGUACUUUUAUUGUGUGACUUUCAAAAUGACAUUAUGGGGUUUAUUUCACCUGAAAAAAAGGAAUCUGUUUUAAGAGGUGCUUCUAAAGCCUUAUACUUUGCUAGAGAGAAAAAAAUUCCAGUGAUCCACGUUGGAGUUCGAUUUCGAAAAGGGUACCCCGAAAUAUCCAAACGCAACAAAGCAUUUGCUCGUAUCGAAGGAAUGGGCUCUGUUUUGAUACAAGGUACACCGGGAAGUGAGCACGUUCGAGAACUUUUACCAACAGAAGGAGAAUACAUGGUAACCAAGCGAAGAGUGGGUGCUCAUUUCAAUACCGAUUUGGAAACCAUUUUGUCAGCGUUGGAAGCUACCCAUCUCGUGAUGUGUGGUGUUGCUACUAGCGGAGUGAUUCUUUCCACGUUGAGAUGGGCUGCAGAUGCCGACUAUGAAAUCACCGUUAUUCGUGAUGGAGUUGCAGAUGGCAACGAUGUCGUGCAUGAUGCCCUUUUGAAUCACGUGUUUCCAAGUCAAGCUGAUGUCUUAACUGCGGAUGAGUGGAUCAAGUCCAUGUCUUCGUAAUAAAAGCUUGUUUGUUGAACAAUUUUAUAUAAAAAAGGUUUCUUUAUU